CACUUGGAGGUAAGGAUUUGUGUCUGGUUUCAGUUCUGUGUCUGUGUUCUGUCUAGAAAUCUGGUGCGAUCACAGUUUCGGUUUUGCGGACGCUCUUUUGAGGCCAAAAGAGUCGCGCUCCUGGAGGGAGAGCGGAAUGGAUAAGGAUAGACGUGUCCAGGUGUCCACUGUCCUUUUGCCCUGGGAAACGUCCCAGGAGGACAGGGGGAGGACAGGGAUGCCUGGUGGACCCCCGCAGGGAAAGUCAGGAAGUAGGUUUACUCCUUGAUGAUCUGUAUCAGCGACCUAGUUCUAGGCCGACUGACUCUUUUCAGUGUCUCUGGUCGACGCGGAGUCGAGGCAGAUUUUGGUUUCUUUUUAUUCUCGUUUUGGUGUCUGUUUUUGUGGUGUGUGUUGCCGAGCUUGAAAUGGGACAGACAGUGACAACCUCUUUGACGUUGACUCUUGACCAUUGGACUGAAGUAAGAACUAGGGCCCAUAAUCUCUCUGUCGAGGUCAAGAAGGGACCCUGGCAACCUUUUUGCUCCUCUGAGUGGCCAACCUUCGGUGUGGGAUGGCCAUCGGAGGGAACCUUUAACCUACCUAUUAUCUUCGCUGUCAAGCGAAUUGUUUUUCAGGCCACAGGGGGACACCCUGAUCAGGUCCCAUACAUUAUUGUGUGGGAGGACCUGGUCCAAAAUCCGCCACCCUGGAUAAGACCCUGGACAUGGAGCCGAGGCGGCGACCGUGGCCGUGGCCUCAAAACGCCUUUGCCCGCUCCAUCGGCUCCCCUGCGGAUCUAUCCUGAAAUUGAUGAUGUCUCUCUCCUUGACCCUCCUCCACCUCAUUAUCCCCCACCGAUUCCUCAAACUGUUCCUCCACAGCUGCCCGCCCCAGCGGACCCCCGGGUGGCCUCUGAAACAGGGCCAGCGGCAGGGACUCGAAGCCGCAGGGGCCGUAGCCCGGAGGGAUAUGGAUCAGGACCAGAUUCUACCGUUGCCCUACCAUUACGGGCUUACGUGGGGGGACCCGCCCCUGCCCCAGGGGAAUUGGUCCCACUGCAGUAUUGGCCGUUUUCGUCGGUUGAUAUGUACAACUGGAAGACUAAUCACCCCUCUUUUUCAGAGAACCCCUCAGGCUUAACGGGACUCCUCAAGUCCCUGAUGUUUUCCCAUCAGCCCACUUGGGAUGAUUGUCAACAGCUCUUGCAGGUCCUCUUUACAACUGAAGAGAGAGAGAGGAUCAUGUUGGAAGCCAGGAAGAUUGUCCCAGGACCAGAUGGGACCCCCACUAAUCUCCCCAACCUUAUAGAUAUGGCCUUCCCCUUGGCCCGACCGGAUUGGGACUUCAAUACUGUGGAAGGUAGGGAGUGUCUCACGGUCUACCGCCGGACUCUAGUGGCAGGGCAAGGGGCCGCACGGUGACCCACCAAUUUGGCCAAGGUAAGAGAGGUUCUUCAGGGUCCAGUGGAACCGCCUUCCGUUUUCCUAGAACAACUAAUGGAGGCUUAUAGGAGAUAUACCCCAUUUGAUCCCUCCUCGGAGGGACAGCAGGCGGCUGUAGCUAUGGCUUUCAUUGGUCAGUCCGCCUCUGAUAUCAAGAGAAAGUUGCAGAGAUUAGAAGGGCUCCAGGAUUAUACCUUACAGGACUUAGUAAAGGAAUCUGAGAAGAGAGAGACAGAGGAAGAAAAGCAAGAAAGAGAAAAGAAAGAGGCAGAGGAGAGAGAGAACCAGCGUGAUCGCCGGCAGGAAAGGAACUUAACUAAGAUUUUGGCUGCAGUAGUAGGUGUAGGAAGGUCAGAGAAAGGACAGUCAGGGUACCUGGGCAACAGGGCAAGAAGACCCCCAGGAGGACAAAGUCUGCUGCUUGAGAAUGACCAAUGUGCAUACUGCAAAGAAAAAGGACACAGGGCCAGAGAAUGCCCCAAGAAGAGACAGAGGGGCCCCAAGGUGCUGGCCCUCGAGGAAGAUUAGGGGAGUUGGGGCUCGGCCGCCCUCCCCAAGCCUAGGGUAACUCUCUCCGUGGAGGGGACUCCUGUUAAUUUUUUAGUAGACACGGGAGCAGAACAUUCAGUCUUGACCAAACCAUUAGGACAAUUAGGAAACAAGAAGACUAUGNUGAUGGGAGCCACUGGCAGUAAAUUUUACCCCUGGACCACCAAGCGGGUUUUAGAAAUUGGAAAAGGUCAAGUGACUCACUCUUUUCUUGUGAUUCCUGAGUGCCCUGUGCCCCUUCUGGGAAGAGACUUGUUGACCAAACUUAAAGCUCAAGUCCAGUUCACCUCAAAGGGACCAGAAGUCAUCUGGGGAGAGACCCCUGUAGCAUGUUUGGUUCUAAAUUUAGAAGAAGAGUACCGCCUCCAUGAACAAAAGUCUGGGUCUUUGCCCUCUGAGGAAUGACUGGCAAUCUUUCCAGAAGUCUGGGCAGAGCAGGCUGGGAUGGGACUGGCCAGACUAGUGCCACCUGUCAUAGUCGAGCUAAAAGCAGUUGCCACCCCCGUUUCAGUCAGGCAGUACCCCAUGAGCCAGGAGGCUAAAGGAGGUAUUCGACCACAUAUUCAGAGACUACUACAGCAGGGUAUAUUAGUCCUGUGCCAGUCCCCUUGGAAUACCCCCCUCCUGCCGGUGUGUAAGCCAGGAACAAAUGACUAUCGGCCUGUUCAGGACUUAGUCAAAAAGCGGGUGCAGGACAUUCAUCCAACUGUACCCAACCCCUACAAUUUACUGAGCUCCCUUCCACCUGAAUGGAUUUGGUACAUGGUCCUGGACUUAAAAGAUGCUUUUUUCUGUCUCAGAUUACACCCAAGUAGCCAACUUCUGUUUGCCUUUGAGUGGCAAGACCCAGAAGGAGGGCAUACGGGUCAGCUGACCUGGACCAGGCUGCUGCAAGGAUUCAAAAACUCACCUACCCUCUUUGAUGAAGCCCUCCAUCAUGAUCUCGCACCUUUUAGGGCACAGAAUCCCCAAGUGUCUCUUUUGCAGUAUGUAGAAGACUUACUCCUUGCAGCUUCAACCCAGGAACUAUGCCUCGAUGGGACCAAAAAGCUCCUAAAUGAACUAGGUGAGUUGGGGUACCGGGUAUCCGCUAAGAAAGCUCAUCUAUGCUGCACUGAGGUGACCUACCUAGGUUACACCCUCCGAGAAGGAAAGCGGUGGCUCACCGAAGCUCGAAAGAAGACUGUGAUGCAGAUCCCGACCCCCAUCACUCCGUGACAAGUACGUGAGUUUCUGGGGACGGCGAGCUUUUGCGGACUCUGGAUACCGGGGUUCGCAAUGCUGGUGGCCCCUCUGUACCCACUCACUAAAGAAAAAGUCCCGUUCACCUGGACAGAGGAACACCAAAAAGCCUUUGACAGCAUAAAGCUGCUGCUUGCAGCCCCUGCUUUGGCCCUGCCAGAUUUGACUAAGCCUUUCACCCUAUACGUUGAUGAGCGGGCUGGAGUAGCCCGCGGAGUCCUGACUCAGACUCUGGGGCCCUGGAAGCGGCUGGUGGCCUACCUGUCCAAAAAGCUAGACCCGGUCGCCAGUGGUUGGCCCUCUUGCCUAAAAGCCAUUGCUGCAGUAGCCCUACUUGUUAAAGAUGCUGACAAGCUUACUCUGGGUCAGCAUGUGACUGUAAUUGCUCCCCAUACUCUGGAGAGUAUUGUACGACAGCCCCCUGACCGUUGGAUGACUAAUGCCUGGAUGACCCACUACCAGAGCCUGUUGUUAAAUGAUCGAGUGACUUUCGCCCCACCUGCCAUCCUCAAUCCCGCCACCCUCCUCCCUGAGACAGAUGACUCCACCCCGGUACAUCAAUGUGCUGAUAUCCUGGCUGAAGAAACUGGAACGAGAAAGGAUCUGACUGAUCGACCUUGGCCAGGUGUGCCUGACUGGUACACAGAUGGUAGCAGCUUUGUGGUAGAGGGAAAAAGAAGAGCGGGAGCGGCGGUGGUGGACGGAAAACAGGUAAUUUGGGCAAGCAGUCUUCCAGAAGGAACUUCGGCUCAGAAGGCUGAGCUCCUGGCGCUAACUCAAGCUCUGCGGCUGGCAGAAGGUAAGGCGAUUAACAUAUACACUGACAGCUGCUAUGCUUUCACCACAGCCCACAUUCAUGGGGCCAUCUACAAGCAAAGGGGACUGCUCACCUCAGCUGGUAAAGAUAUUAAAAACAAAGAGGAAAUCCUAGCCUUGCUAGAGGCUAUCCACCUGCCAAAAAAGGUGGCUAUAGUCCAUUGUCCAGGCCACCAAAAAGGGCAAGAUCCCAUGGCACAAGGGAAUCAAAUGGCUGACCAGGCAGCAAAGCAGGCAGCCCAAGGAGAAACUAUUUUGACAACUAGGUCAUUGCCUGAACCGCAGGCCAGUCCAGAUGUCAGUUUCACCUACCCAUUUAAAGAUUAUGACAUGAUUGAAGAAAUGUCAGAUGAAGGAAAAGCUCAAAUGUUUAGCCACCAUAGGGUGGCUAAGACUAAAGAUGGUAAGAUCAUCCUUCCUUCAAAAGAAGGACAAGAUUAUGUGAUGCACCUCCACCAGCUUACUCACCUGAGAGCGAACAAACUAAAAGACCUGAUUAAAAAUUCUAAGUACCAUGUGUUAAAGCUCAACUCAGUGGUUGAAAAAGUGAUAGACUCCUGCAAAGCCUGCUCCUUCACUAAUGCAGCGUGGCCAUUCAAAGAACCAGGACAAAGGCUUAGGGGAGACAGGCGAGCAUAUUGGGAAGUAGACUUUACUGAGAUCAAGCCAGGAAAAUAUGGCAAUAAAUAUCUAUUAGUCUUCAUAGACACCUUCUCAGGAUGGGUAGAGGCUUUCCCUACCAAGUCCGAGACUGCUCAAGUGGUAACCAAGAAGAUUCUUGAAGAAAUCCUGCCUCAGUUCAGGAUCCCUAAGGUAAUAGGCUCAGACAACGGGCCCGCAUUCGUUGCCCAGGUAAGUCAGGAAUUGGCCACACAAUUGGGGACUAAUUGGAAGUUACAUUGUGCUUAUAGACCCCAGAGCUCAGGACAGGUAGAAAGAAUGAAUAGGACUCUAAAAGAGACCCUUACUAAAUUAGUCAUGGAGACCGGCGGAAAGGACUGGGUGACUCUCCUUCCCUUUGCGCUCCUCAGGGUCCGAAACACUCCUGGACGUUUCGGUCUUAACCCUUAUGAGAUUCUUUUUGGGGGACCGCCCCAUUUAACUGAGUCAGGUGGGAUAUUGGAUCCUGGCACUGACUCAUCCUCACCCUCUGCUCUUUUUGCUCACCUAAAGGCUCUAGAGGUUGUUAAAACACAGAUCUGGAACCAGAUUAGAGAAGCCUACACGCCAGGAACCAUAGCAGUGCCUCACGGGUUCCAGGUUGGAGACUCAGUCUUGGUCAGACGACAGCUUAAGCCCCGGUGGAAAGGACCGUAUCUGGUGCUGUUGACCACCCCCACGGCAGUAAAAGUAGACAGGAUCGCUGCUUGGAUCCACGCCUCCCACGUCAAGAAGGCACCCAGCAAGAUGAAGACAACUGGACAGUGGCAGCCACUGACAAUCCUCUUAAGCUUCUCUUGCGUCGCAGGAGUCACCCUGGGCCUAAAGAACCACAACCCACACCAGCCUCUGACCUUAACUUGGCAGGUUCUCGGUCCUGAUUCGGAUCAGGUCUUGUUUACCACCUCCAGAACAGCGCCGCCAGGGACAUGGUGGCCAGACCUAGCCUUCUGCCUCAAACAGAUUAUUCCAGCUGCUAGAAGCACUCCCCCUAAUCUAGUAAGAAGCUAUGGAUUCUACUGCUGCCCAGAGCAUAGCGAGCAGUCCUUAUGCGGAGGGUCAGCCUCCUAUUAUUGUGGCCAAUGGAAUUGUGUUACUUCCAAUGAUGGUGAUUGGAAAUGGGCUAGUGGUCAUGUUCCUGACAGGGCUGAGUUCUCUUUUCAGAACCCAGGGCCUGGACCGCACGCCGUAAUGGAACUGUAUAAAAGGACCGACUGUCGUCCCGGUGAUUUAGACAGAGUACUGAUCAAAUUUACAGACACAGGAAAAAAUGACACCAAGGCGUGGAUAAAGGGCAUGCGGUGGGGAUUAGUUUUUUAUGACUAUAGUGGAAAGCCAGGGUCAUCAGUCAUGGUUCGUUUGAGCCUCAGUAGUCCCCCGACCCAACCAGUAGGACCUAACCCUGUUCUAGUUGAAAAGCCUCCAUCACCACUUCCCAAACCUACCAUCCCUGAGUCUCCAUCAGACGAUGGCCAAGCUCAGGGAAUGCUUAGAUAUACAUAAAAAAGAGAGAGAAGACAGGCAGGGAUGGUUUGAAAGUUGGUUUAAUAAGUCUCCAUGGUUUACCACCCUUCUAUCCACCCUAGCUGGGCCUUUAAUAAUUCUUAUGCUUUUACUUACCUUCGGGCCAUGUAUUCUCAAUAGGCUGGUGGCUUUUAUAAAAGAAAGGGUGAGUGCUGUUCAGAUAAUGGUCCUACGACAGCAGUAUCAGGUUCUACAAGAAGCUGAAGAAUCACUCUAAGAUUAGAGCUACUUACAAGAAGAAGUGGGGAAUGAAGAGUGGAAAAUUACUAGCUGCCUGUGAGAACAUGAACUCUUCACCCUCGGGCCCCGUCCCCUGCUGGGUGACUGUACCCGAACAUUUUUAAGAAAAACAUUUCCUGGAACAACCACAGAAAGUUCCAACGUCCUCUGUGGAAUGUUCCAACGCCCCAGGUGUGUUGCUUAAUGUAGCACAUGACCUAACUGUUGAGUAAAUUUAUGGUUUUGGACUUCCCCUAUUUCCUCCCCAAUCCUCC